GCUCUGCUAAAUUCAAAAUUGGUAGGCUGGAUUUUUGGCAUUUUUCCAAGAUCCAGAUGCCACUAUGUGAGAGAUAGAGCGAGAGAGCAACCCCACAAAUCAAAAAUCCGCUCUUUGAUAGCUUUUCACUGUUCCCAUUUCGACAUUCUUCCUCUUUCUUCUUCACUAUCAAUCCAAUCAUCAUUCACUUUUGACAAACUCUGAACAAAAAGCUUGACCUACAAAUACCAAUACCCUUCAUUUGGUGGAAGACUCUGUGCGCCACUACCAAUCUCGAGUUCAAACAAUCGAGGUCAAUUUUUUGUAUUCGGAAUCUGAUGCAUGCCCAUUUGAUUCCUUUCCAGGUCUGGUUGUAUUGACUUCUGUUUGUUGCUGAUUAUCGGAUUAAUUGAUUUGUUCUCACAAUUUAUCAAGUCGUGGUUCGAAUCGCUUAUUGGAUUUCUGUGAUUUUAUUGAUUUUGCAAUUUCAGUCGGAUUUAGUGUUGUAUUAAGUGAGGGAAUUUGAGGGUUUUGGGGCUAGAUAGUUGAAGUGUAUUAUGUCGAUUUGUUGUCACAAUUUAUCAAGUUGUGGUUCGAAUCGCCCAUUGGAUUUCUGUGAUUUUAUUGAUCUUGCACAUUUCAGUUGGAUUUAGUGUUGUAAUUUGAGGGUUUUGGGGGUAGAUAGUUGAAGUGUGUUAUGUUGCCUGAUCACUGUGUGUCAGGCAUGCUUUUAGCUCUGCCUGAUGAUAUAUUUUCUGUGAUUACAAACUCCCUCUCUGUGAGGGAUGUGUGUAGUCUCGGUCUUAGCUGCCGAGAUCUCCAUGCCGUUGUAGGCUCUGAUAAAGUAUGGCUAUCACAAUGUGAUAAGCUGGGGCUAGUUCCAUGUAGUACCCUUGUUGAGUGGAGAAAGGGUGUGUGUUCGUACAUGGCCCUUUGCCGGUUCUUGGUGAAUGUUCGUCCGUUGAUUGGGAUUUGGGUUCACCAAAACCCUGAGCUUGGCAACGUGCUUUAUGUUAUGCCUGGUUUUUGUUCGCUUGUUGGGUGCCGGAUAAUCCCUCAGGAGGUGGGUCCUUUGGGUCUUAAAGAUGGUCCUAUUUUGUGGGCACCUGUGUUUGAAAUUAUUUGCAAUUACGAGGGAACCCCAGCAUUUUUUUUACAUGGGAGGGAACGAGAAGUUGAUUAUGUUUGUCCUGGUUUGCUAAGAUCAGUUGAUAGGAACUGUAAUGUGCUUUUGCUUGAGGUGGAGCCUAGGCAUCAAAGAAGUGGAGGAAAAUUGGCACACAGUAAGAGCUUUGCGUAUGAAGUAGACAAGGAGGUAGCGAGUAGGUUAUCUAGAUUGGACAGUGGAGUUUCUAAGUCGCAGAGAGUAGCUGGGCAGAAAGGCACUGGAUUGACUUUUAGCCGUUUGGGAUUUGGUGAUAGGAGAAGGCUUCUCGAUCUUGUUACUAGCCAAGUCCGUCAAGCUGUGCCAGAGACAGCAAAUUUGCUCUUGUUUCCUCGCUCGAGAAGUAAUGAGGCAGAUUUGCAGAAUGAUAUUGCAGUCUUAUGUGAAAGGAGAUUGCUGCUUUUGCAAAUGUAUAAGCGUGGUGGUGGGAAUCAUGAUCUUGGGUCUGAUUCAGAACUUCCUCUAAAUCCUACAGAAAUCGGAACAAGUGAGGUAUGCAAGAGGCUCAACUGUCCAAGUGGCUAUCAUGCUUCACAGGCAGAGGAUGUGGAUCAAGCUCAUUGCCCUAAGGGUAAGACACUUUCUGGAUUUCUGAAGAAUGGUCUUAAACAGAUACUAGGGAAAUCAAGCUCAACAAAUGGUAAUCGUGAAGGUCAGAAGAAAACUGCUUCCAGCGGCGAGAGUAAACAUUUACAACUUCAUGAAUUUCUGCGAUCGGAUCAUACAAUAGGGUUGAGCUUGCGUGCUGCAUCCAUGAAAUUAUCUUCGUAUAGAGCAUGGCCUAAUAUGCAUGAUAGCCGAUAUGCUCUCUAUAAAUUGCCUUUACGGACUCCAAAGGCAAGUCACGAAUAUGCUGGUUUAUGGGGUGGUACUUUUGGUUGGCCUCCUGGGAUUCCGUCUGAAGACAAGCCUGGGAAGGCUCUCUUCUUUAUUUUAAUAUCUUAUGAAGAGUCUGAAGGUCAGCAGCUGAUGAUUGCUACCAAGAUAUUAGAAGGUACAUCCUAUGUUUUGCAUCCUAAUGGCUCGGCUAUGUUUAUAGUGAACACAGCUCAGCCAUCGCCAGAUACAUUUCCGUGGGAUACUGAUGAAGACUCCAAUCAUAUUGACGUUAAGCAGUCUUUUGUGGGAGAAGGUAUUGCAAAUGGGUAUGGGUUCAGAUAUCCAGGUUCUAAGCCUGGUUCACUCUUUGCUAUUCAAAAUGGGUUGCUUGUUUUUAUAUGGAAGGAAUCCCAGGCAGUGUUGACCUUGCAAAGGCUCAACUUGGCAGAUCUUCUAAGGAAAGGAGAAAGGGUUCCUUCUCUAUCACCAAUCUCCAACUUUGCGUAUCUGACCAAGACAUACUCAAAUGUAUAUUCUGGAUUCUCAAAUUCCUCGUACGCACUAUCCUCUCCAAGGCAAUACAUGUAAAGAACAACCUCUAUCUCGUUGGGUGGCAGAGAACUUCACAGUGAUCAAAGGAAUGUUUAGAUUUGUCUUGUACACCAAAAGAAGAGCUCCCUCUCCUGAAUACAGAGGUUUGACACGUAUUUCCAACUGUAGUUAUUGUGAUACGAUUAUUGAAUCAGAAAAUAAGCCAAUGUAUAAAUUUGGCAUUUGGAAAUGUAAAUUGUGAUGUCUUAGCAGCAAGGAAUUGUACCAUAAUUAUUUAAGCAAUGAUAGAGUGUUCAUUCCUCGAC